AUGGUUCACACUACUCUCUUGGAGUAUCUCAUGCAACCUAAUCCUACACUGGACUGUACAAAGUCUUCCGUGGGAGCAAACACAUAUAAUGUUAAUUGGGACCCUGUCACUGGACUGGAAGAAUGGCGUGACUUCAACUAUGAUAUGUUGAUGCAAGUGUCAAUUAUGCCACAGGUCUCUGCUGCCUUGAGGGUUGAUUGGCCACUCUAUUACUCCAAUAACAACCCAAAUGACAUCGCUGAAAUUAGCAAAGGGGCCAAAGCAAGGAGAGGAACAGCAGAAGAGGACGACCGGUUCUAUGCGGAUUGGGCAGGUAUCAGGCAGAAUCAAGAAACAGUUUUCGGCUAUAAGAACCUCUGCCCUGGAGACUCGAAACUCGCGACAAAAUGGAGUACUUCCAAGGAAGGCCAGAGUAAAUCAGACUUUACUACGCCCCUCAGUCAGGUCCAGACUUACUGUGGGCGCCAGUGGGGGGUUCGUCACGGAUAUAUUAUCACUCCAGAAGAACUUGUCGUAGUUAGGGUUUCAAGAGAAUUAAUCGGGCCUGGUUUAGCAGCAUCGAGACCUGUACGAACUUCGACGCAGCGUCCAAGAGAACAACCAACUCAUGCACGCACAUUUUCUGUCGAGACCGUGAGCUCGGGGUUCCAAGCAAUGUCUCUGGACACGGGAUCAAAUUUCAGCGACGAUGCCAAUCCCAAUAUCGAGUAUGGACCACUCCAAUUCAAAAGCAUCCCAUGGAACGCCCAGGGUCUAGACAUAAUGACAGUAAGAUUGGGACUGUGGUUGCUGCUUAUGCAAACUAAGAGAGAUCUCUCGGUCCAGAACUACCAUUCACCCAAUAUUUCGAGUGGUUAUGACAUAGUAGAGCGACCAUCUGGUGAAGCCCUUAUGGCGGGGUCGGCGGGUUCUGGCCCCGAUAAUUCGAAACAUAAAGGCAAACGCCCAGCGAGAAAGUGA